AUGGCGGCAAAAUCUGAACAAAAAAACUCCUGUCGCAAUCGUUUCAGGACAGCCGUAUAUAGCAAUCUUUUAACAAUAUGCUAUGUUAUUGCCGCAUGCGAUUUGUUGCAUGCACUGUUUUUUGCAACACGUGCAACAAUUACGGUUGUCUCCAGGUUAAAUAAGUUUUCCAUGAUAGCGCUUUUGGGCACUAUGAUUUGGGUGCUUGUUGUCCUUUUGCUUACCUUGGGUCUUUGGAAGAAUCGCCCCAACUUGGUGCUCUGUUGGAUUCUUUUUUCACUUACUGGAUUUAUUUUGGAUAUUAUAUUUCUCCUCUGGGGCAUAACUUCUGCAAAAACAGUGAAUUGGCUUCACAUUGAAGAGUAUUCUACAUUGUUUGCAGGCAUUGCUAUAGAGAGUCUUUGCAUUUACCUCAUCUAUCGGUAUUAUAUGUGCAUGGAUCCAUGUCGCUUACUUGAUGAACCGGAAACAGGAAGAAAGCAUAGAAAGAAGCACCCGCUGGAUGAGAAGGCUUGCAGAGAGCAUAGAAAGUCGGAUUUUCGACUGAUUGCCUGCUGCAGGAGAAUCAGGAGCGGCAAAAGGCUGGGCAAGAAGGCAAGAAAAAAAGGCGCAAGUCGAGGAAGAAGAAUAAAAGCCAGGAAGAAGUAAAACCAAACAGCCAUACAGAAGAGUGAAAUAAAUACCUAAUAAAUGUACCCAUACACAACUAUAUAUUUCUAUUUCUAUUGGAGUCCACAGCACAUUUCAAUUUCGUUGCGGGAAUAUGGCAAUGGCAAUCGCAAAAUCAAUUCGCAGCUAAAUCCAAGGCAACACAAACAAUAAUAAUAAUUGAGUUAGUCUCUAUGCUAUGGUCAGACGAAAGCCUCCGCUGGCCGGAGAGUCAAGUUGUCAAAGGCGCAAAUCUAAUCUCCAAAGGCUCAUCGGCAGUCGGCAGCAAAACAAAUAGCGUAAAUGAAAGACGGCCAGAUGGCCACGUAAAAUUGUCACAUAGUCAAUGCACAGUGGGUCCCAGGAUAAUAGAGCGGCGCUACUUUUUACUACAAAAAUAAUUUAUCAUUUUUUCCCAAAAAGAUCUGUCUUUAGGGCUUACAUUGUAAUCGUUCUGUUUAUAUUUGUAACUAAAGCUUAUCGUAUGCACCCGAAAAUUCGUAAAAUACUUAAAUGAAAUAAUAUUUAUAUGAAUAAAAUUAUUGGUAAAAAUA